AUGCAGUAUUAUAUUAUUCUUAUAUAUUUUUCAUGUGUUCCCGGCCUGGUCUUCAUGUGCUUUGUGCUUACUUGCAUGGCAGCAGCUCUGACCGAGUUAAAGGACUUCCUCGAGGUCCCUCCUCUACAAGCAGCAGGCUCAGCUGCUCUUCUGGGCAUCGUGCUGCACUGGUCCAUUUUCCGCAACAUCGAGGUCGAAACGUAUCUCUAUGAGUUUCUUGCCUUGUACCUCGCCGCCGUUUUAGGGCUCGGCUACUCGUACGCGUCAUGGACGGACUUUUCGAUCAUUCAAUCCGCGACGAGGGUUCUGCUCCUCGCAUCGUCCUUCAAUGCAGGUCUCGUCCUGAGCAUCGGCGUCUAUCGCUUGUUCUUCCAUCGCCUUCGUCGCUUUCCUGGCCCGUUUGCAGCAAAGCUCAGCCGCUUCUACGCCAUGGCCAAAGCGGCAGAGAAGGUCCAGUACCAUGUCGAGGUGGCCAAGAUGCACGACAACCUUCGUGAACUCUGCAUUGUUCGCAAAUCCGCCGUGCCGCUCAUCCACGGGCCGCAGUCGCAGUGUCUGAAGUCGACCUGGUAUGGCCAGGUUUCGACCGAUCACACCAAAUGUUCGAUCCAUAUGACGCGGGACUUUGACACCCACCGGAAGCGCAGGAAGGCGUGGGAUAGGGCCUUGAGCAUCAAGGCUAUCGCACAAUACCGGCCACGCAUCAAGGCCAAAGCCGAUCUGCUCAUCGCGCAGAUCAACGCGAAUCUCGGCAAGCCGCUGGACGUGACAGCGUGGUCGAUGUUCCUCAGCUUCGACAUCAUGGACGAAAUCGGCUUUGGGAAGGACUUCAACAAUCUCCGCACGGGCAUCGAGCAUACAGCCAUCCAGGGCAUCCACAAACACAUGACCAGUCUGGAGAUCAUGAGCAUGGUGCCGUGGCUGCUGAAUCUGAUCAGUCGCAUUCCUGGGGCUGCCUCGGGGUAUUCGAGCUUCUUCAAGUGGUGUGCUGAUGAGCUGAGGAGUAAGCGACAGACAUGGGAUCCUCAACAGGAGCCCCAGGACAUCAUGUCCUGGCUGCUGAAGGCGUUCGUCGAAAAAGACGUCUCUGCAUCUCCUUCCGAAACGGCACUAGAAGAAGACUCGCGGGUGGUUAUUGUUGCAGGGAGCGACACCACAGGAUCGACCCUCGCCACCAUCCUCUUCUACCUAGCCAAGUACCCCGCCACGAUGAAGAAGCUGCUGCGUCUGCUCGACGAGGCAAUGCCCGGCGGCGCGCAGGACUGGUCCUACGAGAAGGUCACGUCGGUGACGUUCAUCGACGACAUCAUCAACGAGACGCUGCGUCUGAGGCCCGCCCUGCUCACCGGCGGAUACCGCGUCACGCCGCCGGGCGGGAUCCAAGUCGACGAGGUGUACGUGCCGGGCGACGUGAACGUGUUCGUGCUGAUCCAGCUGAUCCAGACAGACGAGCGGUACUACCGCGACGCGCAAGACUUUGUGCCGGAGCGAUGGGGGGAGAGGAGGGAGGAGAUGGGGACGGACAGCGCGCCUUUUCUUCCUUUCUCACUUGGCCCAUACAGCUGUCCCGGCAAGAACCUGGCAAUGAUGAGCCUGCGCAUUGCAAUAUCUUGCAUCGCGCAGCAGUUCGAUAUAUCGUUUGCGCCGGGGGAAUCGGGCGAGGGAUUCGAUAAAGGAGCGCUGGAUGCGUUCACCACGACGCUGCCUCCGCUGUUUGUUCAGUUUAGUCGGAGGUAG